AUGCAGAUCUCACCCUUGCUGGCUGGUGGACUUUUACUCGCUCUGCUCUCCGUCAGGCUGGAGGCGAAGCCGGCGUCUCAGCUCCCACAGAAGGCCUCCCGCGGCUCGGCGGCAGCGGCGGCGGGUCCGCCCGAGGCGGCGGCGGAGCGGGAGAAGGAGCGGGAGAAGGAGCGGGAGAAGGAGCGCGGCGGCGGCGGGUCAGGCCCGCGGGAGGCGCGGGAGGCGCGGGCCGAGGCCCGGCCGCGGGCGGGCUGGGCGCGGCUGCUGCAGGACCCGCCGGGCCGCCGCCACAAGGGCCUGCACAAGAAGGGCCUGGGCAAGGGCUGCUUCGGCCUCAAGCUGGACCGCAUCGGCGCCAUGAGCGGCCUCGGCUGCUGAGAGACCCCUGGUGGGCUUUGAAUCCAUAGUCCAUUUCUCCUACCGUGGCCAGACAGGGCCAUCCCCCAGGCAACGCCUAGAAGAGCAGAGAUCUCCCCUGGAAUGGACAAAAGAUGUGGCUGUCUUUUUCUUUUUGGUACGAGGAGUCAUGGCACCAGCUGUUUUGGUUUUGUUAUUUUUUAAAAAAAAGUGCUCUCUAUCUUAUAUAUAUUAUAUAUACAAACACUCACCAAGACAAGGGACAGUGCUUUUCCAAGAGACUGAUGAAGCCAGCUGUAUAACGUUGCUGUUUGUAAAUUCAUGUCAUGCAUAAAUGUAUUUAUGUUGUAAAGCUAUUUAUAUAUUGUUUAUAAAGAGAUAUUUAUAAAAAAAAUUAUUUAUGUAACUAAAUGAAGUCAGGCAUUGUAACAUUUUUGUCCUAAGUAGUUGAAAAACUUAAA